AUGAAGGGUAUCCAGCUUUUUAUAGCCCUUCUGUUCUUGGGUGUUUGUCAUGCCACAAAGUUUGGAGAUGUUGUCGAGUCAUUGGGAUCGAAUAGCAUUAUCAGGAUUAAUGAUAAAAACUAUAAAGGCUUAAUGAACAACGAAGAUUACUCAAUUAUCAUUUUUAUCACCGCUUCUGAUCCAAGAAUUGGUUGCACACUUUGUUCUUUGGCCAUGCCACAAUAUGAACAGAUGGCUUCUUCCUAUUAUGAAAAUCUACGAAACACGUACAACAGUACUGAAAAUUCCAGGGUUCAUACAUUGGAAGAAGAUGGUGCCAAUUUUAUUAUCACUUAUGCAGAUUUAGCAGGAUCCAAGAAAUUAUACGAAAAAUUGGGUGUCACUAGUGUGCCUAAAGUGUUUUUCUACAAGCCGGGAAGAGGUGUUGACAUGUCUCAACCUACAGAUGAAUACAGGUUUUCAGGCCAGGAAACGCCGCAGGUGUUUUCUGAUUGGAUUAUCAAGCAUUCUGAAUUUUCGAACAAAGAUUUAUUCAAGAUCGUUGAAAAGCCAAAUUAUCAAGUUAUCGCGCGGAAUAUGGCCAUCACAUUGUUUCUCCUCGUGGUUGCUUACAAGAAGUUUGACAAAGUUUCCGUUAUCAUCGCUAACAAGAGAAUCUGGAGAGCUUUGUGCUUAAUCCUCAUCAUAUUGUUCUGCUCUGGAUACAUGUACAAUAGAAUCAGAGGAACGGCUUUCACUGGAGAAGGUCCUCACAAGGAAGUGAUAUACUUUUCACCCUCGCAACAAUCACAGUAUGGAGCAGAGACGCAGAUUAUUUCUGUUGUGUAUGCACUCUUGGUUGUCUGCUUUGUUGUCCUAAUGGACUCGGCAAGCAAAAUAUCCGACCAAAAAUUACGUUUCUUUGCCGUUCUCACAUCUUCGCUUGUUGCUUAUAUCUUGUAUGGCUAUGUUGUGGCAUGUUUCAAGCAGAAGAGUUCCAUGUAUCCAUUCAAGCUUGGUAUAUUAUAA